GGUGGCAAGCCGCGCAUUGGCUACUCGGAGUUCGUCGGACACUUCGAAGACGCCUGCAUGUUGAGAAAGAUCUGGAGGCGCAUCGAUGCGGACGGCAGCAACGAGAUCUCCAAGCUGGAAGUCAUCGCCGCCGUCAACAAGGACCCAGAGGUGGCCGCACUGCUCCUCCCCGGUGUCUCGGUGGCCAGCCGCGAGCUGGAUCUCGGAGCCGUGGACGCGGCGUUCAACGACAUGUCAGGCGGCAAGAACCGCGUCGACUACUCGGAGUUCGUCGGCCACCUCCGCGACGCUUGCGCGCUGAGGCACAUCUGGAGGCGCAUCGAUGCCGACGGCAGCAACGAGAUCUCCAAGCUGGAGUUCAUCGCCGCCAUCCAUAAGGAGCCAGAGGUGGCCGAGAUUCUCCUCCCUGGCGUCGAUACUGGGUCGGCGCUCAGCCGCGAGCUCAAUUUCGAGGCCGUCGACGCGGCAUUCGACGACAUCGCAGGCGGCAAGCCGCGCGUUGGCUACGCAGAGUUUGUCGACCACUUCCGCGACGCUUGCAUGCUGAGAAAUCUUUGGAGACGCAUCGAUACGGAUGCCAGCAACGAGAUCUCCAAGCUAGAGCUCAUCGCCGCCGUCAACAAGGACACAGAGGUGGCCGCGCUGCUCUUCCCUGGUGUGUCGCCAGUCAGCCGCGAGCUGAAUUUCGAAGCUGUGGACGCGGUAUUCGACAGCAUGUCGGGCGGCAAAUCGCGCGUCGGCUACCCGGAAUUUGUCGACCACCUCCGCGACGCCUGCAUGUUGAGAAACAUUUGGAGACGCAUCGAUGCGGACGGCAGCAAUUCGAUCUCCAAGCUGGAGUUCAUCGCCGCCAUCCACAAGGACCCAGAGGUGGCCUCGCUGCUCCUCCCGGGCGUCGACAUCGGCUCGGCGCUCAGCCGCGAGCUCAAUUUCGAGGCCAUGGACGUGGCGUUCGACGGCAUCGCAGGCGGCAAGCCGCGCGUCGGCUACGCGGAGUUCGUCGACCACUUCCGCGACGCCUGCACGCUGAGAAACAUCUGGAGGCGCAUCGAUACGGAUGGCAGCAACGAGAUCUCCAAGUUGGAGGUCAUCGCCGCCGUCAACAAGGAUCCAGAGGUGGCCGCCCUGCUCUUCCCAGGCGCCUCGCCGGUCCGCCGCGAGCUCAACUUCGAGGCCGUGGAUGCGGCGUUCGACGAGAUCGCAGGCGGCAAGUCGCGCGUCGGCUACCCAGAGUUCGUCAACCACCUCCGCCACGCCUGCGCGCUGAGAAGCAUUUGGAGACGCAUCGAUGCGGACGGCAGCAACUCCAUCUCCAAACUGGAGUUCAUCGCCGCCGUGCACAAGGAAUCGGAGGUGGCCGCGGUACUCCUACCAGGCGUCGACACUGGUUCGGCGCUCAGCCGUGAGCUCAAUUUCAAGGCCUUGGACGAAGCAUUCGACAACAUCGCAGGCGGCAAGCCGCGCGUCGGAUACUCGGAGUUCGUCGACCACUUCCGCGACGCGUUGUCGCUGAGAAGCAUUUGGAGACGCAUCGACGCGGACGGGAGCAACGAGAUCUCCAAGCUGGAGGUCAUCGCCGCCAUCAACAAGGACCCCGAGGUGGCGGCGCUGCUCCUCCCGGGCGCCUCGCCAGUCCGCCGCGAGCUCGACUUCGGAGCCGUGGACGCGGCCUUCGACGAGAUCGCAGGUGGCAAGUCCAAGUCGCGGGUUGGCUACUCGGAGUUCGUUGACCACCUCCGCGACGCCUGCGCACUGAGAAGCAUCUGGAGACGCAUUGAUGCGGACGGCAGCAACUCGAUCUCCAAGCUGGAGUUCAUCGCCGCCACCCACAAGGACCCAGAGGUGGCCUCGGUGCUCCUCCCGGGCGUCGACACCGGCGCGCUGACGGGCGGAUUCGAGGCCGUGGACGCGGCAUUCGACGGCAUCGCAGGCGGCA